AUGGCACCGUGGUACGCGAACGAUCGCCACUACAUCAACGAAGUCAUCGAUGCGUCACGCAACGUACUGAAAGUCGUGGUGGAGGGUCUGCAUCCUGGUGGCUAUCUACGGCAUGCGCCAGUGCGCACGUUCUUCCGCAUCGUUAGUGUGGCCAUAAUACUGCUCAAGACAUUUGCGUUGGGCGCAACCGAAGAAGACGUAGCCGUCAGCCUGAGCCUGCUCAGCGACUCAGUUGAUGCCCUACGAACGAGCAUAGUCGACGAUGUGCACGUCGGUAACCGCUUCGCUGACCUCGUCGAAACCCUGACCCACCGCAUCCGUUCGCGCUUCGUGCGCCUUGCUGCCAACGGCUCGAGUGGUAUAUCCCGCGCUGGGAGCAAGAGCCCGAACCAGGCACCAUUGAUGCCUCCGCCUGCUCCACUCAACAACACCAACCACCUUGCACCGGCAUAUAUGGGAUCACAGCAAACAGGUUUCUCUGGUACUGGUACCAGCGUGCCCGGCUCCCCUAGUAUGGGCCUCGGUGCAAGUGGUCGCGCGACACCUCUUUGGGGUAUUUCAGCCGAGCCCUAUGACCCCAACAGCAACUCCAUCAGCAUCAUGCCACCGCCUGGCAACUAUCAGAACUACCAGAACAACAAUACAAACAACUCCAACUCCAACGGUAAUAACAAUACCAACUGGAGUCAGUGGGCAAAUAGUGGUGCGAGCUGGGGCGCCGGCCAAGAUCAGGAUUGGCUUGCGCUGCCACUUGAUCCUUUGUUGGAUCAGUGGGGUGCGGAGAUCAAUCAGACGGCCAUGGGACCGGAUAUCGGUGGUAUGGACAUGUUAGAUAUCCUUCUGAACAUGGGCGGACCGCCGGGUAGUGCCUAG